AUGGAGGUUCCUGGUAAACAAGACGAAGAAGCUUCAAGAGCUGAUGACACAACAUUAAUAUGUCUCUCUUGUGAUAUUGAUGGUUUAAAGGAACCAGCCUAUGGCUUCUGUCAGGACUGCCAGGAGCACCUAUGUGAAACAUGCUAUAAACAUCACAGACGUGCACGUCCAUUUAAAAACCAUGAACUCAUUGACAAAGAAUCCAUGCCAAAUAUCCGGGUAAUUUCAUCGGACGAUACCGCAGAUCUUUGCGCCAACCACCAAGAUAAGCCAUUAGAAUUCUAUUGCAGAGACCACAAAUUGGUGGCUUGUUAUGUGUGUGUUACAUUGGAACACAAACAGUGUAAAGUGGACUAUAUUCCUGAUGUUUCUGGAAGCCUGUCUGAUGAGUUUAAUGAUCUAUUAAAACAAAUGGAAUCUUUAAUAACAAAAUGUCAAUCAAACAUAGAAAAUAUUAGCAAAGCUGCCCAAAGUCUAGACCAGAGAUAUGCAAAAUUUGUUAAAGAUAUAAGUGCCUUUAGGAAAAAAUUGAAUGAGUGUCUGGAUCGAAUGGAAACCGAAAUAAUUAAUAAAGCCGAAUCGUUUGUAAAGAAUGCAAAAAUUAAACAAAAAACCAUAAAAUCUGCUUGCUUAGAUGUAACUGAAGAACUUGAAUAUUCACAUUCGGUUGUAAGUAAAUUAAGAGAAGAUGCCAAGCACAACAAGCUUUUUAUUGCGAUGAAAAAUGUCGCAAAACGUCUGCCUUUACUGGAAGAUAAAGAAAAUUAG